AUGACUCUCGAUGUGCACAGUAAUCCAGCAACGCCAAUGCUGCCGAAAACAACAGAGAAAACGGCAUGGUCUUCAAUUUACAUUGCUGGAUUAUGUGCCAUUUUUCAAUCAACUCAAUUUUCUAUCUUUUUCGCUUCAAUGUGGCCUUAUAUACUAACGCUUCAACAUGACGUAAAACAAAAUGACUUUGGAAUAGUUGUUGCGCUUUACAGUUUUUCACAAUGUGUAUGCUCACCAUUGUUUGGAUAUUGGAGUAAUAAAAUUAAAGAGGUUCGAUUACCUUUAAUUGUCGGAUUUUGUAUAAUGGCCUUUGGAAAUUUAUUUUAUUUGAGUUUGCAAUUCUGGAAUAAUUACCAUUUGUACGUAAUGAUGGCGGCGAGAUUCACUGCAGGAGCUGGAACAGGUAACAUGAGUUUAUUACGCGCUUAUGUGUCAACUGCUUCAAAUUCGCACGAUCGGUCGCGAGCCAUUGCAUUUGUUUCCGGUGGAAUUGCUUUGGGCAGUAUGCUAGGACCGGCUCUUCAAAUUUUAUUUUCAACACUUGGAGCGGAAGGUGUAGACAUUCUUGGAUUUAAUCUCAGUAUUUAUACUUCACCCGCACUAUUUUGUCUGAUUCUGAAUAUAUUUGGUCUUUCAAUUGUGAUAUUUCUGUUCAACGAAAAAAAUACAAGUAUGAAGCGAACAAAUUCGGACGAUGGAGAGGUUAAUGAAUCGAAAUUUGACCGUCCCGAUAAUUUGGCGUUGUUUGUUUGCAUUGCAACACGGUUUAUUCAAAUAUUCUUGACGACAACGAUAGAAAGCAUUGGUUCGGCUUAUUCAAUGAUGAUGUUCUCAUUCGAAAAAGAAGAAGCUGUUGAAAUGAAUGCAAUAUCACAUACCGUUGGUGGAGUAAUUGCAGCAUUACUUUAUGUCUCCUUUAUAUUUACAAACAUCCGAAAAUAUUUGAAAAUGCGACUCUUUACCGUACUCUCUAUUACAAUUUCAUUAUUUUGGUUUGUUUCAACAUACCCAUACCCAUUUUAUAGUCAAACUGUGAAAAUUUCCGUGAACGGUAGUGAUGCGGACUGUGAUUCUCAAAAAUAUAAUUGGUGUGAAACCUUAACUCGUGUUCCAAUAUGGAAUUACUACAGUGGUUAUGUAAUAGUGUUUGGUACUGCGUUUUCUAUCUUGAAUAUUACCACCACUACAUUGUUUUCAAAAAUUAUCGGACAGAGACCUCAAGGAACAUAUCAAGGUUUUUACCAAAUGUCUGGGUCUGUUGGCCGACUAACUGCACCAAUUAUGAUGAGCGCGACUUACACGCUAUAUGGUCCCAAAGUCCCUUGGGUAAUUUCAAUGCUAUUGUUUUCUAUUGUUAUAUUGAUGUGGAUAGUGUUCCGCAACAGAAUGAUACCGUUUGACAAACGACAAGCUCGGUUACGAGAAAAAAACGGGAAAUGA